AUGGCAGGGGAAUAUUUUUUUAAGCAUCAGUUGGAGCAACAACAUGAGCCUAAGCAGGCGCGACUGAAUUUGCUGGAGCAACGGCUACAUAUCCAACAACUUGUGCAAAAACUAGCAAAGGAAACAGAAAAACAAAGAAGAGCUGCACUCGAACGACGGCUUCAGCUUCAAACCGAGGAGAAACAAAAAAGAUGUGAGCGACUUCAUCUUCCUCGAUCUCGUCCAUGGUCAGCACCAGUAUCAUCCAAAUUACCAACACAUCUAGCAAAAUUCGAAAAGUAUAACCAAUAUGGUACAAGGAAUUCGCAGUCCUGUUUUACUCGACACAAUGAAAAUCUAACAACUAGUUUACAUUCAAUACCAUUUCGGCGAAAUCUAUCACCAAUACAAAAAUGCCAUAUUAAGCUUUCACAACCACAUCAGUCUGCAUUCGACACAUUCACUCAAGCGCCAAAUCCAUCACAGCACAAAUUUACCACUAAUAACUCGGAUCCAUCACAUUCAAAUGCGCAUUCAGCAUCAAUAUCCAAUCGAACCUCCAGUAAACUCCAAAUCCAUAAACACAAAAGUGACCACAGUCCUGCAUCCAUUCCAUCUACAGCGGAUUUUGAUGAUUCAAGCGAUUCUGACGAGUUUGAUGAACAGUUUAAAAAACAAAGCAUGACAAAAUCUAGCCGACCUAAUACUGCUUCGUCUAUAUGGCCCAUAUCAAAAGCCCAACUUCAAUUUCCUUCAGUAAUGACUAUCAAUAAUCGGGAAGUGCGGGUACUGCGUGGUAUGGAUGUAGAAGUAGUCGAAAAAGCAAAAUACCAAAUAUUUCCAGUCAAGCCUAAAGAAGUGCCAAGUAUUGUGGAUAUAUCACCAAUCGGAGAAGAGUUUGGAGCUUGUAAUGAUGGAUUGAAAAUUAUGGUACACGAUCCAUUCCAAAAAGAUUCAAGCUGGGCACAUUCAUCGCCAUCAUCCUUCAAAGCCACAUGCGAGCUGAAUACAGAGCCAGUAUCGCGCAACGAUGCUGUGUCUUGUAGUAAGCAUACUGGACAUACUGCUGCAUCUUCAAAAACAAACCAAAAAGAAUUCCUUGCAGCAGAUUUAAUGGAUCAAACGGUAAAUCAUGUUUCUGAACCAGAUUCAUCUCAGUUUGUUCCUGCUCCUCCAAAACGUGAAAAACCUCGAUCUCAAUCUGCAAGACUUCGUAACGUUCAAGCCACGCCAUUAUCCAUAACAAACAAUACUUUGCUGUCACAACUACAAAAUCGGAAUUAUUCCAACACUGAUAGCUUGCCAAUAUGUAAUACAAUGAUUAGUUCAUCAGAUUGCGUUGACUCGAUGCCUUUUUGUUCCGAAACUCAACUGCACAGCACUUUACAGUCUACAGAAACGGAAACAGCGAAAUCUGGUGAAAAAUCAUUACUAGGACACAAUUGUAUAUUAGAAACCCCACCUUCAUUAGAAUCCAUAUAUAGUACACCACAGUCUUCGUGUUCUUCUACUGCAAACAUUCAUGUUGAACAUUCUCUUGAAAUUUUGUCAAAAAAAAGUCAUCCAAUACAAGCACAAUCUAGACUUUCAGCACACAGGAAAAAAAGAAAUGGCGAUUUAGAAAAGGUUACGUAUAAAAAAGAUGACUUGGUUGCAUCAAAAUCGUUGCAUCAACUAGAUAAUGCUUCUCUUGAAUGCCAUUAUCAACCCUGUACUACUCCAUCGACUCAUUUUAGUGCUCGCAGUGAGGAUGAUCAUCCACCGCAUUCAGAUGGCCCAAAAACACAUCUUGGCGAAAGUAACUUUUGUGAUAUGGCUUGUUCAAAGCUACCUAUUCCUAAUGGUGUAGGAUCUGGUUCAAACAUAUCAGUUCAAAGCCUAAACUUGAAUUCAGGAGCAGAUCGAGAUUCAGCACAGAUUCAACCGGCAGUAGAUUUAAAUCUCACAGUGUCAUCUAUAAAUGGCUCCAUUUCGUCAGCUAUAGCACAUGCGUCAUGUUCAAAUGAACAAUUGAUCCAAGAUACUAUACUAGAUCAACAAUUGGUUACUGGCAAUAUUAAAACAGUAAUGCCUAGUCAUUCAACGGAAAAUUUGAAAACUGAGUUGAGCACCAACAGUGCACUUACCACUCAAAAUUCUCAAACUCUGUCAGUACCAUCAAUGGAUAAUUGCUCAGCUAUUACCCCAACAUAUACCCAAAUGCAUAGUUUCGGAUCGAGUCAAUCGUCAGAUCAAAGCUUGUCACAAAAUAUAAAUUUAGAACACACGCCAAAUACCAAACUUGAGCCAGAAAUAAUCAUUCAUGUACCUCAUUCGCCAAAAAUAACAGUUCCAUUUCGUACAUCACUUCCACGUCGAGCAUCAUCAGCCGGCCGUCGCGUUUGCAUCAAUGAGUUGAAUCAAGAUACACCAGAAAAAGUUCAUGUAGCAACAAAGGGAAUGAAACCAAUUCGAUCAGCCCUCAAAAACACACGCAGUUCAUUUUUAAACAUUCGACCCGGGUCAAGUUCAGUGAGAUGUCCAGUCAUGGCCAAUGCUUUGCUAGAAACCUCCAAUUGUUUUUCAUCCAGCAUUCCUGUUCGAAAAAGCGUAUCAAAACCCAACAGGCCUAGUGUUUGCGGAUCAACAUCAAUAAAGCAGUCAACGCAUGGAAAGAUUAUUGUAGAGUCUGAUAAAGUAAAUCUUUUAUUUGAUGACGUGCCAGUUUCGGUAGCGGAUCAUAAAGCCGAAAUGGAAACUUUUUUACUUGUGGAAAAACUGUCAAACAUUUCUGAAUUGACAGUAGAAGAAGUAGAUGCAAAAGUAGGAAAAAUUCAGACGAAUCAAAAUUAUUACUCUUGCCAAGAUGCAGUAAAGUCAAAUGCUCCAUAUGAUGGUGCUAUUUUAUACCAGUUGAGUGAAAGUCAAUUGGUCAAUUCUAUCAAUGAACUUGACAAGAUCUUGGAAUAUCGGCGAAACUCGCAAAAUAUCACUUUUACAACCGCAUUCACAUAA